AGUAGCCAUGGCAUUUUGUUUCUUGUUUUUGUUCAACUUUGCUUCUUGAGUGAGCAGACUUGACCGAGCCAGGCUGAGCUUUAUCCCUUGCCAUCCAACUCUAUAUACACGAAGAGAAUAGGUAGAAUUCGAAGAGCAAUGGCCGACUCCAAACCUCCAGGAGCAGCAGAGAAUGCUUCUUCUGCAGCUGCACCAGAGGUCAAGCCAGAUGCGAAGGCAGCGAAGCCGUUAAAGCCACCCAAUCCUAUGUGGAAAUAUUUGGGCUUUGGAGAAAACUUUCGACCCAAGCUCCCAUCUCGAAAUUGGAUGAUAUUUCUCUCCAUUACUGGUUCAUUUACUGCAGCUGUCAUCUACGAUAAACGAGAGAAGAAGCGCGCUCAACGAAAAUGGUGCAAGCUGGUGGAGCACAUUGCGAAAGAACCAAUCGAGCCUCGUUCCAUGCCGCGAACACUCACGGUCUUCUUAGAAGGACCACCAGGCGAUGGGCUCCGGGUUUCACAGGACCAUUUCAAAGAAUAUGUGAAGCCGAUAUUGGUGGCUUCAGGGCUGGAUUGGGAAUUCAUACAAGGGAGAAAAGAGGGCGAUAUUCGAGCUGAAGUAGCAGAAAAGAUCCGAAAUUUGCGAUUACCGCCAGACCAGAGGACAGAGGAGGACCCCAUAGCUGAAAUACGCCAGAAAAGUGGCAUUAAGGAGUUUACAGGCCCGAGAGGAGAUAUCGUCAUUGGCCGGCAUACGUGGAAAGAAUAUGUCCGGGGUGUGCACGAGGGUUGGCUCGGGCCGUUGACAGAACCGCCAAAACCACAAGAGGAGAAAUCCUCAGAUGACGCACAAGGGAAAGAAGCAGAGCCUCCUAUUGAAACUCUCCCAGGAAUCUCUAUAGACUCUACUCCAAGGCCCGCUGAUGCUCCCUCCGAAAAAGCAGACUCGAAAGCCAGCGACAAGCCCACGAAGCCCCCGCAACCACCACCAUUCAUCUCAACGAAAGACUACGAAUCCGCACCAACUCCUGCCGAGCUCCCCGCUGAGUUUGACCCCUCAACACCGAUCCCCUUCCCCCACAUCCUAGGCUUCCUCAACACGCCCAGACGCAUCUACCGCUUCCUGAACCGACGAGUCCUAGCCGACUCCAUCGGGCGUGAAACAGCCGCCGUAAUCCUCUCUACCUACCGGCCCUACCACGCAACCGUCGCCACCCCUGAAUCACUCUCCUCCACUGAGACCGACCAAUCGCCUCUCGCACCUGAGCACGAAGGUCCCCCACAAGUAGCCGAGCAGCAGGUCGCGCUGGUAGAAGAAGAGAAAGAAUGGCACAAGAGCGUCCGCGUGCGCAAGGAUGAUGAGCCCGAGCGGACGUGGCUCGAGCCCGUAGUCCUUGACCCGCGGAUUGCUGCCCGCAUGCGAAGAUUUGAGUUGACUGCCGAGGACGAGGAGAGAGCGAAGGCUAUUGUGGUCCCCGAAGAAGAGAUCGAGGGCUGGAUCAAGGGCGGUCUGAGGAAGCUGGCGAGGAGCGGCAUGGAAACCAUGGGGUUUGGAAAGAAGAAGACGCCGGCGGUGGUAGGAGACGAUGAGGUUCAGGAAUAAGUGGCUUGAUGUAGAAUUCGGUUCUUCUGUAGGAUAGGCUUCUUGCUGUGGUAUAUCGAAGUUGGUCUAGUAUGUACUAUAUGACAGAAUCAGGAGGCAGUCUCGCAGGGAGAAUUGCACGGAUGGACAGGUCACACGAAUGUAUAAUCUCAAUCUCCUCUGUACUUUGCUUCUGGACCUAGAGUG